AUGUCCAUGUUCCUGUUCCAAGCGUCUCGCUGGCAAUUCGUCUCCCACCUCGUCAACAUCAUUCACCAACUUUCCCAGCAACCAGCGGACCUUGACGCGAAAGACUCAGAGCGCAUAGAGCGCAAGAAAGACAACCUGACUCGCGCUGUUGAGACUGCUAGACGCCAUAUUACGGGGCCGAAUGUCUUCACGGAUACCCACGGCGACUCGGGCUUGGGAAUGCUCGACUUGACUCCAGUAUCGAGACAUGAUACAUUGUUAUCGAAGCGGGCUCAGGCAACCGAUGAGCCGCUACAUGUAUUGAAAGACGCGAAGAUCAAGGGCAUUCCAAAGGCUGCGGAGGUUGGGAGAGAUUGGCAUAUUCAUCGAUAG